UAUUCAAAAAAAAGCUAUUCACCUUUUAACUAAACAAGGCCAGAAUACUAGCGGAAAGUGACGCGUCGGCAGACAAAUUCCGUCUCACAAUCCUUCGAUACGACCUGCGUACGCGAGGGCGGAUCGGCGGAGAGAACAAAAACAAUCAAGCCAGAGACGCCAACGCAAGAGCGGCUGCCGUUGCUCCCCACCUCCCCCUACAGCCCUUGCCCCGCCCCCUUCCGGACGCCGACGGGCGGGGCAAUGGCUGCCUCACCACUAUAUAAACCCGCCUCCCCGUUUCCCAACCGGCCUCUAGCUACAGCACCUCAUUCACUCCCUCCGGCCGUUGCAGACCUCCGCGCCUCCUCUGUCCAAAGCCAACAGGAGGAGGCAGCUUGGCGGCGGCGUUGGGCGGCAAUGGUGGACGUGGACCGCCGGAUGUCCGGCCUCAGCCUGACCCCGGCGGCGCAGGCAGCGGGGCUGCGCCGCCUGUCCACGCGCGCCGCGGCGGGGCCUUCCUCGGCAUCGGCCUCCCCGCGGCAGCACGGGCUGCACUCUUUCGCCCCUGUCGCGGCCGCGGUGCUGGACCACCUCCGGGCGGCGCACGUGCCCGUGCUCCCGGGCCUCACGGACCUGGAGCUGGCGCGCGCCGAGGCCGAGCUCGGGUUCGCGUUCCCGCCCGACCUCCGCGCCGUCCUCGCCGCGGGCGUCCCCUCGGGGCCCGGUUUCCCCGACUGGCGCUCCCGCUCCGGGCUCCGCGCCGCGUUCGACCUCCCCAUCGCGGCGGCGUCGCUCCAGAUCGCGCGCGGCGCGCUGUGGCCCCGGUGCUGGGGCGCGCGCCCCGCCGACCCGGACCGCGCGCUGCGGCUCGCCCGCUCCGCCAUCCGACGCGCGCCGCUGCUCGUGCCGCUCUUCGACCGUUGCUUCCUGCCCUGCCGCCCCUGCCUCGCGGGCAACCCGGUGUUCUUCGUCACCGACGACCGCGUCCUCUGCGUCGGCCUCGACCUCCUCCACUUCUUCACCCGCGACGCCUGCUUCCAGCCGAUGCUGGACCCGCGGUCGGCGCUGCCGUCGUCGUCGUCGGUGCCGCCGCAGCAGCACGCCGGCGAGGCCGCAGCUGCUACGCAGUGCACGCGCCGCAGCCUCGACGCGGCGUGCGGCGGCCGCAAGGCGCCGCGGUGGAUCGAGUUCUGGAGCGACGCGGCGUCCGACCGCCGCCGCCGCGACUCGUCCUCCUCGGAGGCGUCCACCGCGUCGUCGCGGUCCUCCGGGUGCGCGUCGCCACCGCCACCGCCGCCGGCACCGGCCAGGCGGUCGCGGAACCCGCACUGGGUCGACAGCUACCUGGACCGUCUCGGCCACGUGCUGAGGCAGGGCGGGUGGAGGGACUCGGAGGUGACGGAGAUGGUCGAGGUGGCAGCCUCCGGGGUGUUCGACGGCGGCGAGGACGCGGCGGCGACGGACCCCGCCGCGGUGGACUCAGACGCGGUGCUCGACGCGCUGCUGCUCAAGGCGGACCGGUGCUCCGACUCGCUCCGGCGCGCCGGGUGGAGCUCCGAGGACGUGUCGGACGCGCUCGGGCUGGACCUCCGCCGGUGCAAGGAGCGGCCGCGCCCCGCCGUGCGGGUGCCGCCGGAGAUCGCCGUCAAGGUGGAGCGGCUGGCGCAGUCGGUGGCGCGCCCCUGACCGAGACUGACUGAGCUACUGCUACCUCCUCCCGGCUCCCGCCGCCGUCACCGCAGCCGUGGUGGCAUGGUCACAUCAGCCCAGCCGCCGCUGGAGGGAGGCAAUUAGAGAAAAGAAAAGUUGCUCUUUUUCUUGACUUUUUUCAGUAUACAAGAAAAGAAUACUUGUACUUUAAUCAAGUAGUAAAAACUGUACGAAAAGUUAACCCCACCAUCAUGUCCAUGCGGGGAUGUAAUUAAAUGCUUUGAAGUCAGUAGUAGUAGUAGUACUACUAACGGCUACCUACAUUGAUUGACGUUGCAAGAGUAUCUAACACUGAAUAAAAGAGGUAGCAAUACCAUGGUAGUAAUUAGCAGGAAAUUUACAGCGGAUAUUCAUCCGUGUUGUAUGAGAGGAGGAAGAAACCCGUGUGCCGGGACCGUA